CUUUUUGCAACCUUUUAAUUCCCAAUCCAGACGCCUAUUUCUCUCUCUAGAAAUAUUUUCCGAUGGAGCCGGAGAAGGAGAUAAUUUUCCGAUCAAAACUCCCGGAUAUCUACAUACCCAAACAUCUACCUUUACACUCGUAUUGUUUUGAAAACAUUUCAGACUUCAGUGAACGCCCUUGUCUCAUUGAUGGCGCCACCGGUGAAGUCCACACCUACGCCGAAGUCGAGCUCACGUCACGAAAAGUUGCUUCUGCUCUUCACCAACUCGGCAUCAACAAGGGCGACGUAAUCAUGAUCUUGCUUCCAAACUCGGCUGAAUUCGUUUACUCUUUCUUCGGUGCAUCUUAUCUAGGCGCCAUCUCCACCAUGGCCAACCCGUUCUUCACCGCUGCUGAGAUCAUCAAGCAGGCAAAAGCCUCCAGCGCUAAGAUCAUCAUCACGCAAUCCGCACACGUACCGAAGGUCAGAGACUUCGCAUCGGAUAAUUCAGUUAAGAUUGUGUGCAUCGAUUCGGCUCCGGAAGGAUGUUUGCACUAUUCGGAGCUGAUUUCCGGCGACGAGACUAAAUUGCCGGAGGUUGAGAUCUCGUCUGACGACGUGGUGGCUCUACCGUACUCCUCCGGGACCACUGGUCUACCAAAAGGAGUGAUGCUGACUCACAAGGGGCUUGUGACGAGCGUCGCACAACAAGUCGAUGGAGAGAAUCCUAAUUUAUGGAUCCACAAAGAGGAUGUGUUGAUUUGCGUGUUGCCGUUGUUCCACAUCUACUCGUUGAAUUCGAUCUUGUUGUGUGGAUUACGCGCAGGUGCAGCCAUCCUUAUCAUGCAGAAAUUCGACAUAGUUCCAUUUCUGCAACUGAUCGAGAAGUACAAAGUGACGAUCGGACCAUUCGUGCCGCCGAUCGUGUUGACGAUCGCGAACAACGAGGAAUUGGUGGAUAAGUACGAUUUGUCAUCGAUAAGGACGGUAAUGUCCGGCGCGGCGCCGUUGGGAAAAGAGCUUGAAGAUACUGUUAGGAUGAAGUUCCCGAAUGCGAAGCUUGGACAGGGUUACGGUAUGACAGAGGCAGGACCAGUGUUAGCCAUGUGCUUAGCCUUCGCUAAAGAGCCAUUCGACAUAAAGUCCGGUGCAUGUGGCACCGUGGUCCGUAAUGCCGAGAUGAAAAUCAUCGAUCCCGAAACCGGUGCCUCACUUCCUAAAAACCAACGAGGCGAGAUUUGUAUUCGUGGUGACCAAAUCAUGAAAGGUUAUUUGAAUGACCCUGAGGCGACUAAGAGUACAAUAGACUCAGAGGGUUGGUUACAUACGGGUGAUAUUGGGUACAUUGAUGAUGAUGAUGAGCUUACCAUUGUUGAUCGGCUUAAGGAGUUGAUUAAAUACAAAGGAUUUCAAGUAGCACCCGCUGAGCUGGAAGCCUUGUUGCUUACUCAUCCCGACAUUUCUGAUGCUGCAGUUGUCCCAAUGAAAGAUGAAGCAGCAGGAGAGGUUCCGGUUGCAUUUGUGGUGAAAUCUGCUGACUCAAGCAUAACAGAGGACGAUAUUAAGAAAUUUAUACACAAACAGGUAGUAUUCUAUAAAAGAAUAAACCGUGUGUUUUUUAUCGAUGCGAUUCCUAAAUCGCCAUCAGGGAAAAUUCUUCGUAAAGACUUGAGAGCAAUGCUUGCUGCUGGUGUUCCAAAUUAAAUGUUAUUAGAUAACAUUAAUAACUUAAUGGAUGAAAUUUGUUAAGGAUUGUAUUUUGUUGUCUGUAUAUUAAACCAUUUUUAUUUUUAAAUAUUGUUUUUAAUAAAGUUAUGAUUUGUUGAGAA